UAGGGGCUUGAUGAAAUUCUGCCAUCUCUACAGCAGCGGCCGCAGGGUUGUAAAAAGAAGACAAUUAAAUAUAUUUAACGUGUAGUUUUUUAUGAGUACCCAAAAGUUUGCUCACUCAUAAAAACUUCAGUUUAAAGUCAAUGGCCGGUUAAAUUUGCCAUCACUUUCAGUUAUACAGUUACACACAGUGCUCCUGUGUAGCGUUUGCGCGCAUCGCUGAGGUGUGCUUGUGUGUGGUCGCUUUUAACUGUGUAUGUGUGUAUUGUGUCGGCUUAUAUUUGCACGCACGCCAACAUUUUGAAAAUAUAUUAAAAAGGUAAAAGCAACGAAAAGUCGGCAAAAUGUCCUAUCCACCCCGUGCCCCAAUGCCGCCCUACAUGAAUGCGUCAAUUCCGCCGCCACACAUGAUGCAGUCCAUGGGCAAUCCGCCUCGCAGCUUUCGCAACUCUGCCACAAUCAGCUCUCAGCCGACAGUAUAUCAUCGCCCGCCGGAGCCACAGCCUCAGUUCCGUGGACCAAUCAUUACCGUGUUCGUGGGCAACAUAAGCGAACGGGUUCCUGAAGCUCUGCUCAAACGGAUCCUCGCCACCUGCGGCAUGGUAAUCAACUGGAAGCGUGUCUCCACAUUCGGAUUCUGCGAGUUUGAUGGCCCUAUCGCGGCAAUGCGGGCCGUUCGCCUGCUCAGCGAGAUGGAAAUUGACGGCAAGAAACUGGUGGCCAAGGUGGAUGCGAAGAAUAAAGUGCUCAUCGAGGACUACAAGGAGAAAGAAUGCAAGAACGGGGAGGGAGCGAAUGCUUUGGACGAAAAGACUGAAGACGAACGAGCCGUCAACCAGAUGCAAGAUCUGCUUGAAGAGCACAAGCACGAGUUCGAAGGCUUCGAUGGCAGCACUCGCGGCGAUCUCUAUGGCAGCAGCAAUCGCAACAAAAAGACGCGACGGGAGGAUGACAUCAAGAUCAAGGUCCUUAACGAAAAUGCACUUGAGGAAGAGAAACGCAAUCUGAUAAGCAGUGAGAUAGGCAAGUUUCGCAAACGAGCGGAAGCCGAUGAGCAUCGCAAGGAGCUGGAGAAGGAGAAGGAAAAGGAGAAGCUGGCCGCCAGUAAAGAGAAGGAGCGCGACAGGGAGCGGAAGAAGCAGCAGCGUGACAGCGAGCGAAAAUCUUCCACUAAAAAGACCAGCGCCACCGAAGCUGACGACGUUGUCCUGAUUGUUGAGAAGGAAGUGCCAGCACCUGCCGUGCCUGGACCUGGCUCAGCCCCCCCUACCACUGGCUCUUCUGCUCCUGCCACUGGCUCUGUCUCUGUGCGCAGUGGCAGCAGUCGCAAGGAGCCCGUGACCAUCGAUAUAACACAGAAGGAGCGACGUCCCGAAGCAAAAGAGAGUCGACGUCGUCGUUCCAAGUCGCGUUCCAAGGAUCACGAUCGCGAGCGUGAGAGGGAGCGCGACAGGGAGAGGGAAGUGCGUGAGCUCCGCGAGAAGGAGCGUGAACGCGAGCGGGAACGUGAGAGGGAGCGUGUCGAGCUCCGGGAGCGGGAAAGAGAGCGCGAGCGCAACGAAAUGCGAGAGCGCGAAAGAGAGCGCGAGCGGGACAGAGAGCGCGAGCGCGAGGAGAAGAUCCUCAAGCCAGUGCGCGACUUGCGGCGCGAGAAGGAAAUGGAGGAGGAGACGCGCGAGCGCAAGAAGUCCGAGAAGAAAGCCCGCGAAAAGGAAAUCGCCUACCAGCAGCGCCUCUCCAACUGGGAGAUGCGCGAGAAGCGCAAGUCUAAGGAGAAUGAGAAGUACCGCCUGAAGGAGUUGAUGCGCCAUGAGGAGCGCGAGAGCGAUGCCAAGCGCCUGAAAGAGUUUGUCGAGGAUUACGACGAUGAACGUGACGACCCGCUGUACUAUAAAGGACGAGAGUUACAGCAGCGUCUGGCAGAGCGUGUGCGCGAAGCGGAUGCCGAUUCUAAGGACCGGGAAAAGGAGGCGGACGAACUGGCCGAGCUGAAGACCAAAAUCUUUAGCGGUGAGUUCGAGAAUCCUACUCUGGAAUUCGAGAAAGCCCGCCGAGAAAUCGAGAAACUGUACGAACCGCGCAUUCUUGUAACCGUUAACCAAGAGCCGGUGGCCGGCCAGCGCGAUCGCGAUCGCCUGACCAAGCAGAACUCAGCUGCGGCUCCGGCCGCGACAGGUGCUAACAGUCAGGACUCGUCCCUGAUACCGGCGGAGAAGCGCCGCAAAGAGAUGAUGGCCUACGAUCCAGACAUGGCGGAACACAACGAUGAUUCCAUAUCAAAUGAUGAUCAUGGUUCCAUGGCAGACACUGCCUCCAAUGCCAGCGCGUCGGCUAAGAGCAACAGGAAGAAGUCGCCGUCGCGUCAAAACAGCCUGAGCCGGCAGGACAGUGAGUCCAGGGACUCACUGCCGGUGGCCGACAUCCACACGCCUUCUCAGAGUGCCAUGAAUGACCUAGCCCCUAGAAACGAUUCGGUCAUGGUCCCCUCGGUCACUCCCCCCAUUACCAUGCCGCUCAUCUCGCUCACUCUGGGCAACAACCUCAAGAAGAAGAAGAUCGAGGCCACCGGAGUGUUCGUCAACGACGACGAUAACGACGAGAACAUCAACCCUAAGAAGCGCAAGCUGGUUCCUCUAGAUUACGAUGACAUGAGCAAUGAACACGAUCACCAAGCCGGCGGCGUUGGGAACAGCAGCAGUAUGACUGCAGCGGAGCGGCAGAGCUCUGCCGUGUCCGCGGCUACAGCUGCUGCCGCUGCUGUUAGCCAGAAGAUAGCUCUGGCGGGCGGGGGCUCUGGGUCCGGAUCGGCCUCGUCCGGCAGUGGGAGCGGCGGGAAAAACAACAGCAGCGCAAAUGCCGGCAACCAAUCGGGCGGCAAACAUCACACUAGCAAACACGGUAAGAAUGAUGCAGCUGCAUCUGCGACCAACAGCGCAGAUGCUGCCGCGACAAACACCAAAAAGGAUGAGAAUGGUGCAAAGGUGUAUGAUGAAAAACGGCGCCAUAUAAAAAGCAUUAUUGACAGGAUACCCACGCAAAAGGAGGAACUAUUUAAUUAUAAACUCGACCGCAACGAGAUCGAUAGCGGUCUAAUGGAACGAAAAAUACGUCCAUGGAUAAAUAAGAAAAUUAUUGAGUAUAUCGGUGAGCCAGAGCCAACUUUAGUGGACUUUAUAUGUUCCAAGGUUUUGGCCGGCAGUCAGCCCCAGAGCAUCCUGGACGAUGUGCAAAUGGUACUUGAUGAGGAAGCUGAGGUGUUCGUGGUAAAAAUGUGGCGACUGCUCAUCUACGAACUGGAUGCCAAAAAGAGUGGCAUUUCGGGCAAGUAGAAGCAGCCCCCACAUCGCGCACAGAGUGACGCCUAAUGAGAGACGAACGAUAUACGUGGAUAGAUCUUAAGUUACACUUACGGAACCUAUACGACGACAAAAUGUAUAUACAGGGCAUGCUCCGAGGAUUGUUGCGGCCAAAUGUCGAGAUUUGUUUUAUAAGCCUUAUUUUUCUUUCUAAAGCAAUAGCGCAUUCUCAACGAUUUCUCAAUCCACCUUGUAAGCGAUGGCGGUAAUUGCUACAUUUAAUCGCCGAUAAAUGUAAAUACACUCUAAACAACAAAAGCAAAUUAAAACAAA